AUGGAUGAUUACAAAAUUGAAAAGGUAUCUUCAAAAGUUAGUGAUCUUUAUGCAAAGAAAUCAAUAGAUAGUAAUACGGGCAACUUUAAAAUAGUUGAUGUCGUAGGAGAAUUCGAUGAUUGUGAACUACUUGAAGACCCAAUGACAGAUGAUAUAAAAAACAGCAUAUACAAUGAAUUAAAUUCGAGAAUGGAUUCUAAAAGUCCUAUUUUUGAUAGAAUAGAAUACUUCCUUUCAGAGUUCGGUCCUUAUUUUGCUCAUUUUCUCGUUGUUCAAUCAGAUUUACUAACAAAAGUCUUUCAGCACAUAGAAUGUGAUGUAGAAACCGUAGAUUUUUCACAAAUUACACAAAUAAUUUCAAUAUCACAAGAAGCAAUAAUGAAUGCGUUCAAAAAAGGAUUAUAUGUCUUUAUAAUACACUGUAUACAGUCAGAUUCUCAAAUAUUAAGGCAUCUAAUUCUCAAAUUAAUUCGAAAAAUUUUAGUUGGCUCUCAUUUGACAAGAGUUUGCCUCUUUGGACUAGGAUUUUUCGACUUGUGUCUUGAAAUAUUACCUUCUUUUUCGAUAGAAAACCUCAGAUAUCUCGCAAAAACAGUUUUAAGGUACAUUAUUUUAGAUCCAGUCACAGGAAGGCGCGGAUAUCAGAUGAAUGGGCAUUCCUUGCCUUCAAGGACCGAUAUUUUGAGGUUUAUUACAGAAAAUUUUGAAAUUCAUCCUCAUAAUUAUUUAAGAUUGACGAAUUUCUUGAAAACAGGGUGCACAAAACGUAAUGCAACUGUUAUAUGGCAGUUACUUGAUAUAUUUAUUACGCAAGAAGACCCAGAAACCCAUCUUUCUGCAUUAAUGUCGUAUUCUUACAUGUCAUUAGUGUCAGAAGAGAAUUCAAACAUAAUAAUUUGUAAUACCAAGGUUCCUCAUGCAGCUUUGGCCUUCCUAAGUUCAGAAAAUAACAGAUUAAUCUUUUCAUCGUUUUUCUUUUUGACUUCUUCGACAUUUAGAGUAUACAGAGAAGGAAUUGUUACUCUCUACCGCAUAUUUAAGGACCUAAUUGCUGUAGGAAUGGAUUUUUUGCAAAAUGAAGACAAAGAUAUCAGAAUUUUAUCUGCAAGGUUCCUAAAUAACAUCAUUGCGGACUGUGAUGAAGACAUUGCUAACUAUGUUGGCCAAGAAAAAUGGAAUUUGUUCAUGAAUAUUUUGGAAGAAGAUGAUCAAUCAGUAAAAUCAGAAAUUCUAUGGCUGAUACUCAAUAUAUUGCUUGCUAUUCCAUUUGAAACAAGAAUGGAGGCUUUAAAUCCACAUAUUUGGGAAAAUUUUGUAGAAUUUCUCGAAGGAGGAGAGCUUCCACUUGUUGAAGCAAUUCUUAACUUCAUUUGUGUGAUGAUAAAUGAAGAUGAAGCGUUUUCUUUCAUAGGAACUCUGAUUGAAAACGAAACUGUUCAAACUAUCCAAGAAUUAGAAGAAAGCGAUAGAUCUGCAAUUGUUAGUCUUUCUCAGUUCAUCAUGGACGCUGUUAAUGACUUUUGUAAUCAGAAUUAA